AUGACACUAAAAAUAAUUGGCGCUGGCUUCGGACGUACUGGCACGGAAAGUACGAAAACUGCACUCGAUUUACUCGGUUUCAACUGUUAUCACAUGAUCGAAGUAAUCAAAAGAGGUCGCACGUCAAUACCACUGUGGAUAAAAGCUGCUGAUGAUCCAUCCUUAGCUGAAUGGGAACGAAUAUUCGAUGGAUAUGACGCCACAGUGGAUUGGCCAGGUGCUUAUUUCUGGAGAACUUUGAUUGAAUAUUAUCCGGAUGCUAAAGUCAUUUUGAAUGCUCGCGAUGCUGACAAAUGGUAUGACAGUGUUAACAAUACUUUGUACAAAUUUAGUAGAAGUUUCAUAUUAAAAAUCGCAGCAAAACUGAAUCCAAAUUUGUGGUACAUGGGUAAACUUACAAAUAACAUUAUAUGGAGUGGAACAUUCGAGAAUCGAUUUCCAGAUAAAUCAUAUGCCAUCGAAAAAUACAACUCGCAUAAUGACGAAGUCAAACGUAUUGUUCCGAAGGAUCGGUUACUUGUAUUUGAUGUCAAACAAGGGUGGGCGCCAUUAUGUAGAUUUCUAAACCUUCCCGUUCCUGAUAUACCGUUUCCGAAUGUCAAUGACAGAAAAAGUCUGGAAAAGAGAAUCGCAGGCAUGAAGAAAGUAGCCUAUGUGCUAUUUACAUUAAUAGCAGUGAUCCUCGCAACUAUAGUCUUGCACUAUUUUCAUUAA